GGCUAAUCACGAGAGCAGCGCAGCGUACGCAGUUAGCAUCCCGGAUUGCUCCAUGAUCCAUUCUACGCCGCAGCGGUAGCGCUCAUCCAUUGCUCGGUCCACCCUUCCCACGUCUUCCCCGAUUCAUCAGCCACCGAUCGAUCGGGCGGCGGCGAUGGCGUCGCAUGACGGCGGCACCGACGCGUGGGGUGGCGGGGACGGCAACUCGCUCUUCGAGGGCAUGGUCCUCUUCGCGCCCGAACCCGCCGCAACGGAGGAGGCGGCCCCAGCCCCCGAGCAGCCCGCGCCUCGCCCCGACCCCGACGCGGCCUCCUCCGCUCCCCCGCCGCUCGACGAGGACCUCUUCUCCGAUCUCACCCUCCAAGCCCCGCAGGAGCCGCUGGAGCCGCCGCUCCCUCACAGCGAGGACCGGGGCCACGCGGCCGCCCCCGCCGCUCCGCCCCCUACCGCCGCGGCGCUCUCCCGGCAGUCGUCCUCCUCGUCGCUCCGCAAGAAGAAGAGGGCCGUGCGCAUCGGGUACGGCCGCUCGCCCCAACCCGCCCCGCCGUCCCCUCCUCUUGCAGCUACAAUUUCUGCUACUACCGCUGCUGUUACGGCUGCUACGAUCACCGAUGCUUUGCCGCAUCCUGCCGCUCCUCCUACCCCCGACCAGCACCCUGAGCGGCAAGUUGAUGUCUAUGUCAAUGGCGAUGAGGCAGACGCAGAGGUGGUGGAUCCGGAUGCCAAUUCACCCCGUGUAGAGGAGGAAGCGAAGGACGAAGACGAUGAGAAGAAGGAUGGAGGUGGAGUUGCUGCGGUGGGGAUCGAGGAGAGGCUGUCUCUCCUUAGAUCUCAAAUCACCGGCAAGCUCGAGUCCAUCCAGCAGAGGGCUGCUGCUGUCUCUGCCAGGAGGAGGCAGCUGGCGGGCCGGCGGAGGAAGGUGGCGGAGGAGGUGGGCUCUGCGGCGUCCAGGCACAAGGAUUUGGAGAGGGAGCUGGAGGAGGCCUGCGAGGCCGAGGACUUUGAGAAGGCCGAGAGGAUCAGCGACUCCCUUGCGGCGCUGGAGAAGGAGAAGGAUCGGUUGUUGACGGCGCUUCGUGAUGCGGGGCUCGACUAUGAUUCCGUGGAUUCGGAGUUGCAGGAUGUGCUUGAGUCACGCAUUGCAGCAGAGGAGGAAGCUGCUGCCCUUCUGGAGCAAUUCGUAAAGGAUGCCACUGACCAUGCUGAUUCAGAAAGCAAGCAAGAACAAGAAAUGUCCUUGAAAGAAAUAGAAGGGUGGCAAACAUCAAUGGAGGUACUAGAAGCAAAGAAGUUAGAGAUGCAGGUUGAAACACAAUUGGUUUUGGCAGCAUGUUCAGGGUGGGAAGGCUCAAUAGAGCAUUUGGUUGAAGAUGACAGAAGAGAAAAAGACACGCUGAGUAAGAAAGGAGAAAUCCUCGCUGAGGAGUUAGCUGGUCUUCUAGAGUUGGUGAAGUUGAAAGAAGCAGAGAUAGCUGAAAAUAAUGCUCAGAUCCAUGAGGUUCAAGAAAGGAUCAGUGCCGUGGUCUCUGGAUUUCAUUGCUCUCAGUCAGAUAUUGACUUGAAGCUUAAUUCCCUUCAGGAAGCCCAAACUAAAAUGGAUUUAGAGACUGAAGCACUUGUCUUAAAAAGGAAUGAAAUUGAUAAAUUCAUCUCUUUAACGGAACAGAAAGACUCAGAGUUGCGGGAAGUUAUUGGUGCUUGUUCAACUGAAGCAAAAGCUUGGCACAAAUCAGUUGAAAUAAGAAGAAAGCUUGCGUCAUCGAUUUUGAAGUCAAGAGAGGAUAGAAUUGGGUUGCUAAAAAUGGAGGAAGAAAUUUUGCAAGACAUUCAAAUGCUCAGCCAACAAAUUACUGAUGCAAGAACUGGUCUUCAGGAGAUAUCUUCAAGGAGAGCAGGCAUACAGCAAGAGAUGGGUUCAUUGAAGCAGAAGUUGAGCUUCAUUGACAAAAGAGGCCCUGAACUAGAGGCUGAAAAGAAGGUUGCUGCUGCUGCAAGAAACUUUAAAGAAGCAGGAAGGAUAGCUGCUGAGGCAAAAGCUCUUAAUUCCGAAAAGGAAGAACUGCAUGCUAAGUUGGAGAAAGCUGCUACUGAUCUAGAGAUAAUAGAAAAAGAUAUCGUAGCAACUACCGCCAAGAUACAGGAAUGCGAAGGGCUUAUUAUACUCAAAGAAAAAGAGUCAGCCAUGACAAGUUACAAAAGACUCCUGUUAGAUUGUGCUGCAGCUAGAGCAGAAUUGACUGCUGCAACUGAAACGGAUGAUGAUGAAGAAGUUGAGAUGCUAUGUAAAGAAGCUGAAGCUGCAGAGUCUAAAGCAAUGGAACUCAAAACAUGCUAUGACCUCCAAGUGGAGGACGAUGAAUUCAUGUUUUCGCCCGUAGUCCCUAUAGCAUUCAUAACAAAUUCAACAGGGCAGCAUUUGGCAGAAAUUGCUUCCUCAUUUGGCCUAUCUUCCCAGAAGUGAAUUGGAUGGCGGACUUGCAUACUACCAGGGUACCAGGGCUGUCCUAUAUGGCAUCCAAAGUUUCUGCCAUCACCUGUGCAUAUUGGAGGGAACAUCUAUGCUGCAUUGAACUCUCCCUCUUCCAGGAUGUCUUCCUCAACUCCCCUCUUUAACUCCCAGCAUUUGGAAUCUACUCUGAACUGGAGUAGGGGUCCUAGGGGAGAUCAUGUGUACAACAUCCGUUUUGCAUACUCUUUGGGGAUUUUGUUUUGUCACCCCCCCCCCCCCCCCCAAUUUUUUGUGUACAUUAAGACUCUAAUUCUUUUGUUGUACUGGUUUUGAUUGAAUUGCAAGGACAUGUUAUCAUCAAUCAGAAUGUAAUCAGAAUUUUUUAGGAGAAAAAGAAUGUAAUCAGAAUAAGUUGUCCAGGAAUAAAACUUCUCCAUCUGUUCUGUUGCC